UCAAAGCUGCGGUCUCUAAGCUGACUGGUACCGCAUGCUAUACAAACAAAUUCUCUCUCUUAUCUAAGUCCAAAUGUUUUGAUGAUUUUCAUGAAAUGUAAGACGAUACAAACAGCAUCCUAAAUCCUGUUAUGAGAUGUGCUUAAUGGAGAAAAAAACUGAAAUGGAAAAAGACAAAUCCAGAGGGGAUUAAAGGAACCAAAGAGAGGGAAAGAUAGAAAGAGAGAGUCACAUCGGGAAUAAUCACAGCGUGAGAGGAAGAGACGUGAGGCGGUGCUAUGAGUAGGAAGCAGAGGCAAGGAUGGGAAGAGAUUAGUGCUGUGCGCUGUGGGCUCAUCACUCAGUGAAAGGACACUCUGCAAACAACAAGAGCUCACAGCCGCAGGAGAACCGGGAAAGGUGCGAGUCUCACUUUAGGGAUACAUUACACUCACUGGAAAAUGCUUUGGACUUUUCAGACAAGGAUAAAUUGUUUGAACAACUUCUAACUAUGGAUUGACAGCAAAGUGAGAACAGAAGAACCGGAUCUAAGAAGGUUCUGAGAGACUUUUUUUUUUGGCUUUCCUGUGUAUGUUGUGCUAAAAGAGUAGGUUAAUCAAUGUAAUACAUUCAUUUUAAAAACAUGUUGUAAUUGCAUACGGUUUUAUUCUUAGUCCGUUCCCUGCCCCAGAUACUGCCCAUCUGCAUGGUACAGAGAAAAUUAGAUAGCCAUCUGUGAACUAUUGGAAGACAUGACAGAUGUAAAACGACCUUUGUAGGAUUUCAGAGCAGAGGGCUUCCUGUAUCAACUGUGCCGGCGCUGUUUCUAGUGUAAUCCUUUUUAUGUGCAACAAAAAGAAUGACUUUUACAUCUUGCGUGGUUUUGAUCUCACUCUUGGUUCGGCUCUCGGGGGCUAUUUGUCCUCAGGGCUGCCUGUGCGUCUCUGACGUAUUGAACUGUGGUUCCUCAGGUCUGGAUAGAUUCCCUAACCCGCUUCCAUUCACGACUUCUGUCCUGGACCUCAGUCAUAACAGACUAACAUGGCUGGCAGCAGGCAGCUUCUACGGGCUCCCAAGGCUGCAAACUUUGCACAUGUCCCACAACCGCAUCUCCUUGCUCAGCCCGGGGGCAUUCCAUAACAUCAGCAGACUUCGAUACCUGGACCUCUCUUCCAACAAAUUGCAAGUGGUGGGGAAGUAUCACUUCCAGGACCUGCCAGCCUUGGAGGUGCUGUUGCUGUACAACAAUCGUCUAACCCGCGUGGAGAGCAACACCCUAAUGGGACUCGGCAGCCUGAGGAAGGUUUACUUCAGCCUCAACCAGAUCACAGAUUUCCCGUUCUUCUCGAUUGGGAAGCACAGCCACCCCGACCUGGUUACACUGGACCUCUCCUCAAACCGCCUGUUUCGUUUGCCUAUAGAUGACAUUGUAGUGUUGCCCGCUGCAGUGCAAAGAGGCCUGUUCCUGCACAACAACAGUCUGGAGUGCGAUUGCUCUAUGUACCGCAUGUUUUGGCACUGGGAGCUGAAGGGAUAUCCAAGCGUGGAAGACUACAAGGAUGUCUACAAGUGUCUGAUGUACGGUGAGCCUCAGAUCUCAAUCAACUUUCUGCGCUCUUCGCACUUCUUUGAGAACUGUACGAUUGGAAAAAUGAUAUCCCUGAUAUCCCCGAAGGCUGAUAAAAUGGUUUACGAGGGUGAACAAGUGAGGCUGGACUGCACUGGGACCCUAAACGGCGAAGACCUGUCUUACAGCUGGAUCACUCCGCAUCAAGAAAACAUCUCUCAGCUGAUCCAGAACGGAUCUCUGCGUCUCAAUCAAGAUGGCAGCUUGGACAUUCUAGCGGCCCAGUCCAUAGAUUCGGGGGUCUACCAGUGCACUGCUGUGGAUAACACGAGGAUGAUCAAUGAGUCACGAGAAGUGAAUUUAACGGUGGUGGCCCAGCGCACGGAGGAGCCGUUCAACAUCGGCUACACCACUCUUCUGGGCUGUGUGGUAACGCUUGUCCUCAUACUGAUGUAUCUGUAUUUAACCCCAUGCCGUUGUGGUUGCUGCAAACCUCCUCCUUCCUCUCCGGCCAUCUCAACCUCUGGGGAAGACCGCUGCACUCUGGCAUCUAUCUUUGCAGCUCCUUCGAAUGAUCGACUCAAGAGCAAGUCUCAGUCAGAAAGGCACGUAGUGUUCCUUGAGCCACUCCUGAUGGGGGAAAAUGGCCACCCAUUUGUCGUUGAACAGUCUACAAUUGAAUGGGACACAGAAAACUUCAUAAUUAGAGAAAGAAAUGACUCGGAGUAGCAAAUCUGUGACGUCGAAAUCCUGCAAAAUUGCCUGUUUGAACCAUAAGGACAAGUAUCACAAAUGAAUCUCUCAUAAUUCCCUAAUAAAUUAUUUAGAUCCUCAGAUUUAGAGUAUCUCCGGUCUCACAGUAUUAAGUGAUCCAUUUGUUAACGCUGAAUGCGUGCGACUGUGCUCCUAGUGAUCCGCUGAAAAUCCAGUGCAGUGAAUUUAUCAUCUUUGAGACCCAAGAGCAUAUAUAUUGUAUUUGAAGGUUUGAAAGAAUCAAAAGUUUGCUCUGUAAAUCUUAACAAGAGACACUGACUGCCACGACAACAGCAAGGUGGCUCUAUUUAAGGUGGCUCUAAUGCAGUGUUUUAUUUGUGCAGAAAACAGUUAAAUCAGUGGUGCCUCCGACACACAGAUGAUCUUUAAGAUGGGUGACCAACCACAAGCUCUUCUUGUCAGUUUAAAAAAAGAAACUCCAUUAGAAGGCAGUCAAAAACAUCUAAGUGCUGUUAAUUUGAUACAAUAAGCAGAAAAUGACUUAAAGAGAGGACAACAGAAGGCCUUCUGGAUCCAUUGAAGACUGAGGUUUAAUCUCUUCAGUUGCGUCAUUGCCAUUAGAUAAAGCUAUUCCUUUAUGUCAAGAAAAUAUGAUGGUUACAUUUUUGUGGUGAACCAUUUCAGUAUGCAAAAAUAAAUGUUUUCUAUAGCCCACACCAAGCAAAUAACUCCACAACUCCAAGAAGAGACAUGAUAAGUGACGAAGAAAAAGCAAAGGCAAUGUAGUGAUGUCUGUUUAUGUCUGAUAUUAUUUGUCCUCUCUGCACUUUGCAUUAAGCAAAUUGCUCUUUCAUUACAGGGACAUGCUUUGGGAGAGGAUUAACAGCCCUUCCAGAAUUUUCCCUCCACACCAUACACUGUAUGCAAACUAAAAGCAAAAUAUGAAAAUGAAAGAACACCACAGCAAAGGUACAGAGUUAAUCCACGCAGCCCAUAUCCAGAUGUGAUCAGAUUUAUCUGUGGCAACCCACUUUCACAUUCGUAAUACGUCGACAUGUGUCCCCUGGCUGUUCAUCUGUUGUGCCGCCCUGUCAAAUCAUGCAAUGUUAUCAGGUGUAUAAUAAAUACUUACAAAAAAAAAAAAAUCUCACCUAUGUGAUCAUGCACAUUAGAUCUUUUCAUUUUUAACUUGUCCAUCCUUUAACAACAAAACAGCACUUACGAAACUGUCCAAUUAAUCAGACUGAUUCUGUCAACUAACUCAUCACAUUUGAUGUGGCAAACAUCAAGUCUCCCAGAAAAACAGCAUUUGAAACAUUCACUUCACUACAGUUUUGCAGUUAUAUAACCAUGACUGUCUCAUUACAGCCUUGCCUUUGUACUGGGUUUGUUUGGAGAGAUGACUAUAUCAAAUGAGAGAUGAGAACCCCGGAGGUCAGAUUUAGCAGAUUACACUUUGGGGCUAAACUAGGUACUCCAGCAAUUUUUCAGCCUUUCCUUAAUCCUCUAAGCUUUCUUUUUUCCCCUGAUGAUGCUGGAGCGUUUUGGAUUUAUCUUUCUUUCUAACCUAUACUGAACUCAGUUGGUGAUAUACAAAGAAAACAAGUGCUUGCAGAAUGUAAACUGGUGAGCCAAAUAAAGAAUAACUGGACAAAAUACAGAUUUCCAAACCAUGCAAAAAGAGUUGUUUAAACCACUAACAGACAGAGUGGAAGACGCCCGACAAUUUACACACAUUCACUACCAUGUCGAAACCAAACCACCACAGACAGUUGGCAUCCCGAUCACAUCUGACAUUUAUCCUGGUUGAAAUGUAGAAAAAGCAUAAAAGGUGUUUUGAACAAAAUCUUACGCAUUGUUUUCCGAGACAUAGCUGUUUAUCUGGUAUAUAGUAACAUUUGUGAAAUGCCCUGAGGUAUUUUCUACAAAACUUCAGCUAACCGUAUGUACAAAGGGCAA